AUGUCGGCACUCACUUCCUACAUAGAUGAUGGCUGCCGUUACAUGCUUGUUCAAUGCCGUAAUAGCACUCGGAGCUUUGAUCCUGAAGGUGCUGAUACCGACGAGAAGACAAAUGAGCUUUGUGCCAAUGCGUAUCAGAUAUGCUAUACAAUCGUUGAUUUCGCGAUGGUCAAACUUGACAGGAGUAUCUACAACAUACGCGUCAAGCCGGAAUAUAGUGUCAAUGCAGCUUAUGUGGAGUACCUGAAUUCAGACGAUAUCAUGAGGUCUACUAGUGCUCAGGUCCACUACACAACGGGUAGUGAAGCGGUCAUGAGGGCCUUUGAUUCGUAUGGAGGCGAAGUCCACGGAACCCAACUCAAAUCGCUUGCAAGUCUACUGGCUCGCGGCAUAAGGGUGGCCUUGAUACACGGCGAUGCUGAUAUUAUAUGCAACUGGUACGGCGGCGAGAACGCCUCACUCGAACUUGCAGAGCUCAUGCCUGGCUACCGCGACAUAUUUCCAAUUGCAGGGUAUGCCGACAUAAUGGUCAUCAACUCAUACAUUGGCGGCCAUGUCUGCCAAUACGGCAACCUGUCAUUCUCCUGA